GAAUUUAACAAUUAGGCCAAAAGAACAACUAAAGCCAUGGCUGAAGAAGACUCUGUAUCCAAGUCUUUCUUAAGGAGACACUGGGAAGGAUACAAGGAGUUUUGGGGUGAGAGAUUCUCCUUCUUGGAAAACUAUUCAAGGUUCAUCAAACGCGAUAAGCCAUUACCGUCGUGGUCUGAAGCUGAUGUGGAGGAGUUCAUUGCUUCUGAGCCAGUUCAUGGACCAACACUGAAGACUGCUAGGGAAGCAGCAAAGUUUGGUGCUGUAGGAGGCCUACUUGGAGCUGUUUCAACUGCAGGAGUUACAUGGAAGUACUCAAGGAGUCUGCAUGGUACUGCAUUGUCCCUUGGAGCUGGAGCCGUCUUUGGCUGGACAUUUGGACAGGAAGUUGCCAACCACUGGCUGCAGCUAUACAGGAUGGAUACAAUGGCUUCACAGGUUAAGUUCAUGGAAUGGUGGCAGAACAAAGUUGAAGGACAGUCUUAAUUUUCGCUUCCGGUACGAGAUUUGAAGAAACAAAAAUCUGGAUUUGCUUGUUAUAGCGCCAAACACAAACGUUUUGUUAUUGGCAAUAAAAAUCUGUGAGACAGUGUUCAAGUUGUAUCUGGUGACUUGAAAUUUUUGUGCUCUAGGUAGUUUUUGACUAUGAGAUUCUUGAUGUUUGUUUGCCUACAAAAUGGCUAUAAUGAAAUGCAAUUAUGGCAGUUUUCUUUGAA